CUUAUAACCUCAUUUCGUGGAAAGCGCGAUCUCGUCUGUCGUAUGUGAUCGGCAUAUCUUACGGUUUGCAUCAUCGUGUAUGAUUACUCAGCUUAUUUCUACUUCGACUUAACUUCAAGUAUUUUUGUUGCAUCACUUAGCCGCUGUAUCAUAAGGCGGUAACGAGACUUAUUCAUGAACAGUAUAGGUGAGACGUGCAACGAAGCGAAACAACAGUAUGACUCUUGUUUCCACACGUGGUUUUCCGAGAAAUUCUUGAAAGGUACUCUGCGAGCUUAUGACGUAUGAAAAAGAUAGAAAGAGUGCAACAUGGAGGAUUGCAGUGAAUUGAAACAAAAGUACGAUGCCUGUUUCAAUAGUUGGUUCUCUGAAAAGUUUUUAAAAGGGGACACCAACGAUUCAAUAUGUGCUUCUUUGCUUAAAGUUUAUAAAGAUUGUGUAGCGAAAGCUAUGAAAGAGCAGCAUAUUGAGCUCAAAGAAGUGGAGACAAACUACUUAGAAACUGAAAAAGAAAGGAAGCCACACAGUUGACAGAGAAAUGCUCGCAACAUGUGCCUCGUUCAAGCUUGCAUUCAGUGUGGGUCAUUUAAAAAUCACUGGUAGUAACAACAAAGCAAUUAUUUUGCUUAUACCUUGUUAUUUUUUACUAGAAAAUAAAAUGAUUAUUAUUGUAAUAAAUAGUUAUUGUUAUAGUUAUUAUCUAGUUCCAUAUCUUGUACUUAUCAUUGCCAAAAUUAUGUUGUCUAAACUAUAUGUUUUACACAUCUUGCAGUAUUUUACACAUGGUACUUGUGUAACAGUAAAAUUAUAAAUUGUAUCGUGACGGAAAUCAUGCUAUAUUUUACACGCUGUAGAAAACUUAUUUGCAGAAUAACUUGUUUAUACUUCAAAUAGUCUGUAAUUUUUAUUGAAUUCUCCCAACUCUUUCCGACCUUGGAGACAAAAUUGUACGAAAGAAAGCAUGUUAUUUUUUGUAAAAACAGAAUGUAGUGUACUAAAUAAUAUAUGAAAUAAUAGUAAUAUAUGGAAAUAAAUAUUCUAUAUAUAAUUUA